AUGGAUCCCUCAGAAUCUCGCACGAUGAAGGCCAGGAGGGACGCCUACAAGCCCAAAGGCGCCCUCAAGGCCGAUGAUCUCAGGCGUCGCCGCGAGGAGCAGCAGGUUGAGAUUCGUAGACAAAAGCGCGAAGAGAACAUCUCCAAGCGUCGCAACUUCCUGCCUUCCUCCGGCGCUGAUUCCGACGAUGAGGGAGGCGCGGGUCUCAACUGGGACACUCCCCUCGCGGAGGAUAUGAUUCAGGGCGUGUUCUCCGACGAUCCCGACCGCCAGCUUGAGGCAACGACCAAGUUCCGGAAGCUGCUCUCCAAGGAGAAGAACCCACCCAUCGAGCGUGUCAUCGAGUGCGGCGUCGUCGCGCGCUUUGUUGAAUUCCUCAAGACUGGCCAGCCUAUGCUUCAGUUCGAAGCUGCCUGGGCCCUCACUAACAUCGCAUCUGGCACCGCGGAGCACACCCAGGUUGUUAUCAAUGCUCAGGCAGUCCCUGAGUUCAUCAAGCUGCUCUCAUCGCCCGUACUUGAUGUCCGGGAGCAGGCUGUUUGGGCUCUGGGCAACAUUGCCGGCGACAGCCCGCAGUGCCGCGACUACGUCCUCGAACAGGGUGCUCUGCGCCCUCUGCUCACGCUUUUGAGCGAGAACCACAAGCUCAGCAUGUUGCGCAAUGCCACCUGGACCCUCAGCAACUUCUGCCGUGGCAAGUCGCCGCAGCCGAACUGGGACCUGAUCUCGCCGGCUUUGACUGUGCUUACAAAGCUUAUCUACUCCCUCGACGAUGAGAUCCUCAUCGACGCCUGCUGGGCGAUUUCAUACCUCUCCGAUGGGUCGAACGACAAGAUUCAGGCUGUCAUCGAGUCCGGCGUCUGCCGACGGCUCGUCGACCUCCUCAUGCACAGUUCAACCUCCGUGCAGACCCCUGCUCUCCGCUCUGUCGGCAACAUCGUCACCGGAGAUGACCUCCAGACCCAGGUUGUCAUCGCAUCUGGCGCACUCCCCGCACUCCUUGCCCUCUUGUCAUCGACCAAGGACGGAAUCCGGAAGGAGGCGUGCUGGACUAUCUCCAACAUCACCGCUGGCUCGCCCCCGCAAAUCCAGGCUGUCAUUGACGCCAACAUCAUCCCACCACUCAUCAACAUCCUCUCCAACGCCGACUUCAAGACGCGCAAGGAGGCAUGCUGGGCGAUUUCCAACGCCACGUCCGGUGGUCUUCAGGAGCCGUCGCAGAUCCGCUACCUUGUCCAGCAGGGCUGCAUCAAGCCAUUGUGCGACCUGCUCACGAUGAUGGACAACAAGAUCAUCCAGGUUGCGCUGGACGGCUUGGAUAACAUUCUGAAGGUCGGCGAGAUGGACAAGCAGGCUGCUGGCCCGGGUGCCGUCAAUCAAUAUGCGCUCUACGUCGAGGAGGCGGGCGGCAUGGUCACCAUCCACAACCUCCAGCAGCACGACAACCUCGACAUCUACAAGAAGGCGUUCAACAUCAUGGACAAGUACUUCCCUGAUGAGGAGGAUGUCGACACUGGCAUUGCUGCGCCGAACGUUGAUGCGACGGGCGCGUUCGCGUUCCAUUCGGAUGUCAGUGCCCCCCAGGGCGGCUUCAACUUCGGGAGUUAG